AUGGCAGCAUUGAGACCACAGAAGAUGACCCUGAUGCCUGGAGCAAGCGAUGAUAAUGGCUGUGACAGAAUGGCUCUACCUGGGUUCAGUGAACAAGCACCACCCGAGGAACAAGUACAUCUUAGCCCCCAAAAAAACCCUUUCCAACUCCAGUCCACCUUGGUUGUUCGGUGUGGGAAGAAGGAGCUGGAGAAAAGCAGGAACGAUUGUCCGUGGCUGAAACAAAAGGGGGAGAAUCAAUCGUCCCCUAAUUUUAAUCAGCACGUGAGGGACCACACCAGGACCAGUGACCAACUCAGCCGACGUCAUAUCCGUGUCUACCAGCUCUACAGCCGGACCAGUGGGAAGCACGUCCAGAUCCUGGGCAAGAGAAUCAACGCCACGGCGGAAGACGGGAGUAAAUACGCGAAGCUGCUGGUGGAAACGGACACGUUUGACAGUCGAGUGAGAAUCCGGGGAGCAGAGACUGGGCACUACAUCUGUAUGAACAGAAAGGGGAAACUGGUGGGAAAACUGGUUGGAAAAGGGAAGGACUGCAUCUUCACCGAAAUACUGCUGGAAAAUAACUACACGGCACUGAGGAACACCAAGUACGAUGGGUGGUACAUGGCCUUUACCCGGAAAGGCCAGCCCAGGAAGGCAACAAAGACCAGACAGAAUCAGAGAGAAGUCCACUUCAUGAAGAGACUCUUCAAAGGUGAGCCGCUAUUUCCAAACCAGGACCAGCAAAGGCACUUUGAGUUUAUAAAUUACCCCAUCACCAAAAGGACUCAGAGAACUCGCCUUCCCAAGAGGCAUCGGACCUAG